GGGCACGCGUUCGUGCGGGUACGUUUGACUAUGCGUUUCUUGUCGCGAACUCCAUGUGUCAGCCAAGUGCCAAGUCUUGAUCGGUGUCAUUGGACACUUAACGGAACAGACUUGAGCGUUCUCCAUGAAAAAUGUUUAUUCUGCUGGCGGUGAAUCAACGACACGACCGACGUAAAACAUACUGUGUUUUCUUUCCAUCAUUCAACAUACGCAUCAUACUCUGACGCUCUGCCAAUUCACAAAGCUUUCGAAUUCAGAUACCUUCCACGCAAAUGUUUAUAUUUGCCAUGCCAAUAACUUUUACGCCUAAUUAAUACAAUCUUUCAAGCAUUAAUCGAAUUAUCGUCGCUUGUUCUUUCGUUCUUUUUGCUUAACUCUUUAUCGCCUUAAACACAAUGACACUUGUAUACAUCGAUGAUGGAGACGAUCGAUGGAUGGUCGAUUAUGAAGCUUGCGACAAUUUGCAGAGAGAAAUUAUGGAACAGUUAACUCAAAGAGACAGGGAAGCUAGAACAUCUCAAGCUUUUGCAAGUCUCUCGGCUAAUAUCAGAAUUAAAUUAAACCAUUACAGUCAACAAGUUCAAGAUCUCAGAUAUAAGAUCAAUCAAGCUCGGAGAGAUCAACUUAUUACUGGGGGGGAGGCAGAGCGUAGAAUGCGACAAGUGGAAAUCUUGCAAAGUAAAGAUCUCCAAAUGCGAAGACUGUAUGAGUCUAAAACAAAUGAGUUAGCUUUAUCAAGAGCAAGACUAUUGGGCCCAUCGACUUCUGCAUUUGCUGAUGGUGGUACAACUAGUUGGGGCCUUGACGAUGAUAAUGACCAAACACAAUUACUAAAUUCUCAACCUACGAGUGUAGCAGAUUUAAAAUCUCAAAAGCAACAAUUGCUUAGGCAACAAGAAGAAGGUUUAGAUGAGCUUUCCAAGAUAAUAUCAAGGCAAAAGCUGAUCGCACAAGCUAUUAAUUCUGAAGUUACUGAUCACAAUGAAAUAAUUGACGACUUGGCUGACCAUAUAGACCGAACAGACGAAAGAUUAAUAGAUGGUACACGGGCUGUUCGAACCGUUAGUCAAAAAGAUAAGGUUUGUGGCUAUUGGGUCAUCAUCAUACUACUGUUUGCCGCUAUAGUUACAGUAGCCUUAGUCUAGCAUAUAAUGAUACAAGGAGAAAAAAAUCUUUUUGGCUGUACAAAGUUAACAUUAGCAAAAUGUUGCCUGUAUGUUAUUUACUGUUUGAAAAUCCAUUGUUAUAUACAUUUAUAUGAAAAGUGUACCGUCGUCGAUCAUUUUUCAUGUGUCAGAUGAAGUGUGCUGCUUACUUCUCGACAUUCUAAAUUUACUCCAGCAAACGUUUUUAAAACCAUCUUAAAUGUUAUUACACUAUGAACAAAUCUGUGAUUUAGUAUGAAUGCAUUAUUGGCCAUUGACUACGAUUCACAUGGUAUAACAUUUAUGAAUCAUGUUGCCAAAAGUUAAAGGACAAAAAAUUAUAAUAUUGAUUUGAGUGAAAAAUGCAAUUAAUAUUAUAAUAA